AAGCCACAGUGAGCUGCUAAUGCUCCCAUACUCACAGUGACAGGCUGUGCUCUAGGGGGAAACUCAACAAAGUGAAAAUAUGAAAACAUGACAUCAGGAGGCCCGGACAGGCAGAGGGCAAGAGACACUGACCACACAUAGACCAACAGGAGAGAGAGAGAGAGACAGAGAGAGGAGAAACUGGAGGAACGAGGAGGAAGAUGCUGAAACCCUGCAGGCUGCUGCUCCUGCAGGUGACCCUCAGGUUAUCCUACCAUAUCGUUACAGCCAGUCUCUGUCUGGGAGGGUCAGACAUCUUUGCAGUCAUCAGAGAAAACAGCCCGAUGGGACAGUUUAUAGCAAACCUCAGUGUCACUGCAGAGCCUGGAUCUAAUGGCUUCCGUAUUUGUGUGACCGGAAAAAACGCUGACUGGUUCUUUUUAGAUGGACGAACCAUCCGACUGAACUCCUCCACCUCUAAAGUCCUGGAUCGUGAGGUUCAAGGAUCGCUGCUGAUAGCAGAACUCACCUGUUAUGAAGAGGAUGUCAUACAGAGUCAGUACAGGAUCCUGGUCCAGAUUCUCAAUGAAAAUGACAAUGAACCAAAAUUCCAACUGGAGACGACACAGCCAGUCUACAUCAAUGAGCUGACAUCCGUGAACUCUGUGGUCUUCACUGUGAAAGCUGUGGAUGCAGAUGGAGACACAAUCACAUACAUCAUUGAUCAGUCAUCACCUGACUCCUCCUACUUCCGGAUUGACCUACCAAACAGUGGGAGUGUUGUUCUGGACAAACCGCUGGACUAUGAGACCAAAACCCACCUGCAGCUGUUGAUCUGGGCCACGGAAGCCAACACAUUAGAGAAGUUCAACACCUCCACCAGUCUGACCAUCAACAUCCAGGAUGGAGACGACCAGUAUCCCCACUUCCUGCCAUGCACACCUGUCUCUGCUGAUGUUCCUGUCUGCACCAGCCCAGUGUACAGCGCCAACAUCACAGAGAAACAUCAGAGCCUCAUUCUGGUGUUCUCUCCUGGUCCAAUACGGGCUGAGGAUGGAGACAGAGGUCUGGACUCUCCACUGAUCUACAGCAUCCUGUCUGGUGGCGACCAGGGCAGGUUUGUUAUUAACAACAGGACGGGUGAGAUCCGGUUAACCAGAGCGGUGAACGACCGCCGACAGACACCUUCAUUCAGACUGAGCAUCAUGGCAUCUCAGCUGGAUGACCCAUUGAAGUACAGUGUGGCAUCGGCUCUAAUCAGGGUUCUAGGAGAGAACAGGUUUCCCCUUGUCUUUAACACAACCACCUAUAAAGGCUUUGUUACUCCGAGCUCAAGCCCUGCCACAAUUGUGUCCACCUACGGCAACCAAGUGCUCCUCAUGCAGGUUAUGGACCAGGAUUUCUCUGAUGGCCUGAAUCCAAAUGUACAGUACUCACUCCGCCCUUCAUCAGGACUGUACCACAUCACACGGGAAGGUGUUCUUAUUGCCAGGACGGACCGUGUGCAUACUUUCGACCGACAUAUCCUACAGGUCAUCGCCAGAGAUGAAGAAUCAGGAGAAGAAGUUUCAGCCUCAGUGGACAUCGAAGUCUUGCAGAGAGGACAAGCAGUUCCUCGUGGUACAUUCAAUGACCAGCAGCAGUUCGGAGAUGUGGACACCCAGAUGGCAGGAGGCAUCGCAGCAGGUUUCCUUUUAGUGUUUGUAGCAGGAGCUCUGUUUCUACUGCUUCGAACCAUCAGGAGGAAAAACAGACGAGAACCUACAGACCACAGCAGCGUCAGCCUUGGAAAACCUCCCAAAGAGAUGAACAGACAAUCAGGACAUUUCCAUGGACAGCAGGGCGUCUACACCAGGAGAGAGUCCCUCAUUCCAUCGUCAGUAUCCACUGACAUCAGUAUAGGAGGUGUCUCCAGGAAUCUGUACCCUGUUGUAUCAAGGUCAGAGGACCUGACUGAAGCUGUGAAAUCAUCUAUGAGAGCCACAGGGGCUGAUGGGAGCAACGUGACAGAGGAGAUGCAACAAUCAUCAGCAUUUAGAGAUUCAGUUCAGGGCGAGGACAUCACAGGACAGGGUAAUGACCCCUACAGGACGAUGCUUGCUACGAUCUAUGCUGAGUCGAGCUCAGAGGAAGGACAGUAACCCCUCUUCCAGUUCUGAAGGUGUAGCUCCUUGGGUCAGUCCUCACCUCGACUCCUCGGCCCUCCCACCAGAGAUGUGAGUGGAGGAGUUGAGGCAAGGACCUGAAGAGAGAGGCAUCAGGCACUUAAUGAAAUGAGACAUCCUUACCUUGGAGUUGUCACUUUAAAUAAACGUCAGUUAAACAUGACGUGUGGAACAGACAUUUUAUUGUAAUGCACCGCUGUAUUUUAUGAUCUCUGACAAACAAGUGUACAUCUGAACUAAUGAUUAACUUCUGAUUCAAUUCAUAUGGUGUGGUGUAGAGAUGUCAUGUAUUUUUUUAUUCUAAUGAUACAACCUCAGAUUGAAAAAACAUAAAUUUUUAAAGUCCUGGUCCUAGUCGUGUGUCACACCUCCUUUGUGAAUCAAUUGGUGAACAGACUGUCACAAAGGUUUGAGUUCCGCCUGCCACCACUAAAGGCCUGUACAUACUCUGCAAGAACAGAGAAAUUUGUUCUUUUUUAAGAAGUGAUAAGAACAAGAAAAAAGUGAGUUCUGGUCAGGACAUUUCAUACUUUAUGAGGAGCUCAAGGGCAGAACUCAUGAGAAAUCCUCUGCUUUUCCACAUUAGUCACACCCACUUUCAAUUUCUGACCAAUCACAUAGUAGUUGUCAGACACCACAAAGGAAAAUAGUUCUUCCUAGAUGAUGUCUCGAGAACAAGCUGCAAGUCCUCCCACACAAGAGCUGCGAGAAAAGAGAACAAGUUUCUCUGUUCUUGCAGAGUAUGUAAUAACCUUAAUAGGUCCUCGACCUUCAGUGUGUGUUUAAAGGAGCUAAUAAAGCUUUCACACCGGCAGGGCUCUGUGUCACUUCCAGAUCCUGAACCUAGUUUUGAACCACCCAGUGUGUUUACACCAGAAAAAAAUGGUUUUGAACCUGAAAAUUUGGUUCUCACUUUGAACCAGAAAAAGUUGGUUCUUCCUCAUGAACCAUGACGUAAUCAGCAGCUGUGCUCAGUGGGAAGUAGAAGAAAAUGGAGAAGUGUCAGUGGUCUGCUGAGGAGACAAAAUGUUCGGUGGCAAUCUGGGCAUCAACAGAAUUCCAAGUGUUGCUGGAGAUUAGUACGAGUUAGAUGUCUAAGUUAGAUGUCAAACUGGUGAAGGCUGUGUUCACCCAAAGGCUUAAACUGGUGUGAACUGGGCUAGUCUGCCAGAAAGCGCCAAGGUUUAGAGACUCCAGAACAGAGCCAGAACCAGAACUCUGCCUAUAAUAUCUCUAUGUCUCUAUGUCUGAUGUCAAUAACCAUGCUUCCAUACAAUUGUCAAAUUAAGCUGAAGUGAAAAGUUCCAAAAAAGGAAAAUGUGAAUUACAUUUCAAUCAAUGUCAACAAUGAAUCACACUUUCAUCAACUGCAAUAAGAACAUUUACCAUAAACAUGUGACUAUAUCUGACAUUUAGCAAAUAACAAAAAUAAUGUAAUUUACAUGUGCUGUGUAUUCACACUCAGUAUGUGGCUGUUUGGUCAGUCAGACGAAGCCUCCACUAGCUGUCAGCUGUCCUCAGGGUAAUUGGUAUCAGUUUGGGAGCAGCUGUGAGGUUUGUGUGUUUUUUAUUGCAAGCCAUGUCAUCAUUGCAAAAUUUAACAAUGUUAUCACAUGUGACAGAUUUACCUCAAAUCAUGCAGGCCUAGUUUCCAUAAACAGUUGUAGGGUGAAUACACCAGGCUGUGUAGUGUUGUCAAAUGUGGCAUUUUAGGCCACAUGAGUAGAAGAACUCGAGGAUUCUGCCGCUGAUGUCCACCUGAAAUGGUUGUGUGUUUGAGAAUUUAGUGAUUCUCCAUGUUUAUCAAGUUUUAUGGGAAUAUCUUGGAAAACAGCUGACUAUCAUAACAACAUAAACUCAUGAACUCUUAACUCAAAUAGCCUUUUUAAUCCCCUGUGGCUCCAUACACACAUUUAAAAAUGUGAAUAUAAUACCCUCAUGGCAACACAACUGCAGACACUUGAUACAUAUGAUCAUGUCGGGAUGUCAUCUGACUAUAAGACACUGAUUGUUUCUUACUUUUUGGUAUUUUUAAUUCCUCAAAAAAGUCCCAAAUGCAGUAUAAAAGAGAGAUUAGAUAAUUGUUGAAACUUUUUUAGACUUUGUUCAUUUAGUUUUAUUUUCUGUUUCUGUAAAUUAAUAAUUUAACAUUUUUACUUCAUCACCUUUCCCUAAUAAAGUCAUAUUAAUGUGAUCAGUUACUGUUAAUCAGUCCUGCAGAGAAUAACUGAUUGUCUCUUUGUAAAUAAAUCUGUUUUGUUAA